GGGGAGGCUCCCGUCCCGCUGCCGUGAAGGUUAACGCUAGCACGGCUAACCGGGGAGGCUACCGCCCGCUCUGGCACAGCGUUCAGCUUUUUAAUUACAUAACUGGUGGGAACAAAGAUCCCAGAGGAUCCCAGAGGAUCCCGGAGGAUCCCAGAGGAUCCCGGGUUCCCUUCGGUUCCGCCGCUUUAGACUCUUUCUUACAAAAUCCCGGUUUUUAUUCACCGUUUCAAUUCGUAUUCAUUGGAUUUGGCAGAAUGAGAUCAGAAUAAUCUGGAUUACAGAUCAGUUCGGAUCCCGGAUCUGAACUGGAUCCAGCCUGAGUGAGUUAAACUGGGAGCUAACUGGGAUUAGGUGUGAACGGAAUUAAAGUGGGUUUAAUCUGUAGAAUCAAAUCUUUUCUGGAUUAGUGUGGAUUGUCAUAAUUUAUAAUAAACUUACCUGAGCUGGACUUUGACUAUCAGACAGUGGAGGUUUAGUGUUUAAAACCAAAGUCGGAUUUAUUCGCACUGCAAACUGGAAUCUGCUGAAUCACAUUAAAACACAUGAAUAAAAGUUGCUGUGAUCUCAGGGGUUGGAUGGACUGAGUUGAGCUGAACUGCAUAUAUUUUCAUCUAAACUGUUGAAUUGAAUCCAGUUUUUAAGUUAACUUUACAUCAGGUUAUAAUCUGAAUCGAUUUCUUGCUGGAUUGAAUUGGAACCAGAUUAUUUGAGUGAUUUUACUUUCAUUUAAAUCUGUUUUGUUCAGAUUAGCUGGAUUUUUCUGGACUCUUUAUGGUAUAAAACCACCUGAUUCGUGUUUCUCCAUUUUAAAUAUUAAUAAUUAUGACUGAGUCCCAUCCAGUUCUGCUGCCUGCAGUCGUAUAAAAUCCGGUUUAAUCUGUUCGUAAUCAAGCAGGUUUUACUCCAGUGAGACUGAAUGAAUCUGAAAUGCUUCUUGUUAUAAUCUGAAUUUUAUGUUCCACCCCAGUAAAGUUUUUAAAAUCUCCCAGUGGAGCCGCUUUUCCCCGAGUCCAGAUUAAAUGUGCUAACUCUGCCACGGUUCUGUUUCCUGUCCGUUUUACCUUUCAGAGUCCAACACCUGCUGGAGAUGUCAGAGUGAAACAGGUACACACACCUGCUGCCACUCACCUGCUCCAGAAUGAAACUCUGUUUUUAAAAUCUGCUCCUCCUGCAGCUACGCUGCUUCAUGGCACUAAUAAAAUCUUCGUUAGCUUAAUGAUGUCAGUCGACUCUCGGCUUAUUUUCCUCUGACUGUUUGGUUUCUUGACGCUGCUUCAUUUUGCUUCCUGCCUCCUGAUGUGAUGCUGACCGAUGGUAAACGCAAAGCGCUGAAGCUGAACUUCGCCAACCCGUCCAUCAAACCCUCCACCAGGUUCUCCUUAAACACGGCCGGACCUCCGUUCCAGAACCCACACAUAGAGAGGCUGAGGACUCACAGCAUUGAGUCUUCGGGGAAGCUGAAGAUUUCCCCGGAGCAGCACUGGGACUUCACCGCCGAGGACCUGAAGGAUCUGGGCGAAAUCGGCCGGGGGGCGUACGGCUCCGUCAGCAAGAUGGUGCACAAACCCAGCAACAUGAUCAUGGCCGUGAAGAGGAUUCGGUCGACGGUGGACGAGAAGGAGCAGAAGCAGCUGCUGAUGGACCUGGACGUGGUGAUGCGCAGCAGCGACUGUCCGUACAUCGUCCAGUUCUACGGCGCUCUGUUCAGAGAGGGGGAUUGCUGGAUCUGCAUGGAGCUCAUGGCUACCUCACUAGACAAGUUCUACAAGUUUGUCUACGGCUCGUUGGACGACGUGAUUCCAGAAGAGAUUCUAGGAAAAAUCACUUUAGCUACUGUGAAGGCUCUAAACCACUUAAAAGAAAACUUGAAGAUAAUCCACAGAGACAUCAAGCCGUCCAACAUCCUGCUGGACCGAAACGGGAACAUCAAGCUCUGCGACUUCGGCAUCAGCGGCCAGCUGGUGGACUCCAUCGCCAAGACCAGAGACGCCGGCUGCAGGCCGUACAUGGCGGUCAGUGACCUGAGCUCUGUGGUUGCAGCUCAUCGGACACGUUUCCCACAUCCAGUCAUUUCUAGAUGCUUUAUUGGAUGAUUGGACUUUUAACAGCUGCAGCUUAUUUAUCUGAGGUUUUGCAGCGUUUCAGCAAAAAUAAUUUAUUUCACAAUAACAGUCAUAAGGUUCCCAGAAUAAAGUCCGAAUAAUCAGAGAAUAAAGACUUUUCUGCUGCGAUGAGGAAAUAAUUUAUGUUUUAAAACAUUCGUAUCAAAUUAUUAUCAGUAGCAGAAUGUUGAAACGUUUAGACGUCCGGUUCUGUUUGGAUUCCGGAC